UCCGUACUUCUGGGGCGACCUAUGACGUCAAAUCACAAAGGUCACAGACAUUAUUUAUCAACACAGCCAGUCCAAUUUUCUCAGAGUUGCGGAGGAGUUUGGAGCUCUGACAGUGUCGUCAUUGAGAGACAUCAGUUUCCACUGGUGGUUCUGUGGUACGAUAGGUCCUGCAUGAAUCAUGUCCUCAGAAAGUAAUGGGGAAAGGCCUCCAAGGGGAUGGACACUUGUUGACAAACAUGGACGGACUGAGGAUUCUGAGGAUUCUUCAGGUUCCUCUUCAGACUUUGUAGAUCUUGGAGAGGACAGCGUGCGGUAUCACCAUGUCAGUCGCAGCAGCAGUGUCAUCAAUAUUCCUCCUGGCACCUUGACAACACCUUCGACCUUCUCAACCAGCCUGCCUGCUAACUUCAGAGCCCAUGGCGAAGCAAGCGGAAGCCCUGAGGAAGACUCUCAGAAUCCCGUCUUCCAUGGUGACAGUGUUGUUACUUUAACAGAGCCGCCAAGUUCUUUAGAGAACCCUAAAGAUGCAGGAAUCUUUCAUGGUGAUGGAGCAGCAAGACGUCGCAACCAUGGCAACAGUUCUCCUGAAACCAAGAUGAUGUCUUGUGGAGAAGAUGAGGAUAAGACACCCUUGUCAGAACUGAAUUUACCAGCUGCAGCCAACAAGCAAUCAUCACAUCUGGAGAACUCACUCUCCUCAUGUGCAUCAGCCUUGACUGGCUCCCAGUCUCCUCUCCUUGCCUCCUACUUGAAUGGUCUUACCAAUGUGGGGGACCAGCUUGAAGGGCAAAGGUCGAGUAGCCACAGGGGAAGCCCGGCUAACUUCCAGGUGUCACAGAAUCUUGAUGGGGCUGAUGAUGAGGAGCCUGAUGUUCCAGAGAAUCAAGAAGCUGGGGGAGCCGAUAACAUCUCAGUGGACAGCAUUGAGGUUCUGUCCAUGCCAUCACAAGAGGGUCAAUUUGUUGAAGACAGAGCAGUGAUUAAGGACUGUGAGGAGACGCUUGAAGGAGUGAGGGAGACGGCCCAAGAUGAUCAAAAGAUGCAGGCAGUACAUGAACCUACAAUGCUAUCUAUGGCAGCUGUCCUUCCUGAAACAGAAAUGUUGCCUCACCAUGGUAAUGAAUUACACCUGAGUUCCGUGAGUGAAGAGUCUGACACUUCUGAGUUUGAGCGCAUCGAUCCCGAAAUGAUCCCAAGAGUUGAAGAGAUGGAUAGCCACACUGUAGAUUCAGCAGAAGAGAACAAGAUGGAUGUGGCAGGGGCCAGACCGACAGAGGCAUUGCAAGAUGAACCACUCUCAAACAUCUUGUUGAGACCAUCCAGUCAACCACGGAACUUUGUUGGGGCACAGUUACUUGAUCCAGAAGGAGUGCACAUUUCUUCUCAGUCAUCAGGCCCAUCACUUCCCGUUACUCCUGAUACACUUGUUCCCUCCAGUUCACCUGCUUCACACAUCCAUCCCUGGUCUGGCAUCCAGCCUUUCCCUUCUGACCAGAGUGCAGCUGGGAGGAUUGGUCUUUGCCAUCAAAGCAGUUCAGCAGACUCAGCUGGACUCAGACUCCAGCCACUGAGUAGGUUUGGCUUGCCCCGUCAGCACAGUAACAGCUCAAGUGAUGAGGGUUUUGAGCUUGUACGGAGACCAAGGCGUCAGGAUGAUGAUGAGGUGUCAGUUGUUUCAUCCAGUAGCUCUGAUCUGUCGGGCUUUGUUAACGCAAGACAGCGGCAUGGACCGUCCUUGUCCCGCUCUGUCAACCAGCGUCAUAAUGACUUUGACGACACGCUGGAUAGUGUGUCCAACUUCACAGACAUCUCUGAGGACUGUCUGCCAGCCAACAUGAUGAUCCAGAGCCAGAAGUCAGGAGUGAAGCAGUACAGACAUCGAAGGGAUGAUGGAUUGAACACGAGGCUGGACUGGCUGGUUGCUAUGGUGCUACUGGCUGGCUUGGCUCUUGGCAUCGGACAUUAUAUUGGUUCUACCCAGGAGAUGGCACAUCAGCACUCCAUCAAUACUGGCCAGGUGCAGCGACUACGAGAGCUCCAAGAUGACCUGGUUACCUGUCUAGAUCGUAGCUCAGGCAUCGAUAGUAGAAUCACCACUGAGAGGUCGUCGCCAGCACUGCAGGCCGUCAAGUUACUGGAAGGGCUCAACUCCAAGAUGCUGGAGGAAGAGUUGGAUGAGAGCCGUCUCCUUGAACAAAAGGUAGGUGCUACUAAGCUGGACCCAAACAGAGUCGAUUCUGGAGUCAAAGGAAAUACAGAAAGUGGGAUUGGUAUUCUGGAAGAGUCUGGAGUGAGCAGCAGUGAUCCAGCUGAUGAAAAUGUGAAGGAAGCUCAGCCAAGUCUUCCAUGUCACUCAUCAGAGGGCAGCACGGAAGAAAGCAAGGAAUCCUUGAAAGAAGGCAUUACAGAAAACCAGGAUGGGACAGACAAAAAUGGUGGAUUGGGUUUGGAUAAAAAAGUCGUGGAAGAGAAGACCCUGACAGACCAAAGUGUAAACACUGAUGAAGAGCCUGAGAUGGUAUUCCAAGAUGCCUCUGUGGUCCUGGAUGAAUUAGAGAUGAUUACGUCUGAGAAGAUGGACUUGGUUGAUGAUGGAGAGGUAAAAGAUGAAGGAGUUGGUGUAAGGAGUGAUGCUUCAGUUGAUUUGAAUGAGGGAGAGGCAAUAAAAGACCAGCAUCAGGGAGCUGAAGAGGGUGAUCUAUCAGGUAAAGGAGAGUCUGAUGUGGAAUCUGAAAUCCCUGAUAAGAAAUACAGGUAUCGCACCGACUUUGAAGUCCUGCAGUCGAAGAUAGAGGUGAUGGAAGAAAAAUUGGAUGAGGUGAUGAAGACAGCCCGGCACUGGCAGGAAAUGUACGAGGAGUCCAAGAAAGAAGAGAACUCUGAUGAUGAGAGUAACAAGAUGGACCAGGAGUUGGGGAAAGAUCAAGAGGAUCUGGACGCUCCAGAGAAAGACGAGGACCCUUUGGCUGGAAUUGGAGGGACACUUGAGAGUCUCUGGGCUGGUUGGCUUGAAACAGAUCAUGGGAAGGCCAUCCUUUACUUUCUCAAUCAGACACAGGAACAAUCAGUUUUGUGGUCAGAAGCUGUUUUGAGAGAAUUGGCUGCUUUGAAGGCUGUGCCCAAUUCAGAGGAGGCACAAGCAUUCCUGAAUAACUCUAAAUUGUUCAUGACUCACCUAGGGAAGGAGAUUGAAUCGGCAACUGGAUACCUGAAAAAUCAAUCUUCAAGGUUGAUGGAGGAGAAUAACAUCACUGCUGAAAAUGUGGGUGAGAAAGCUAGCAGUGCCUGGACAAAGGUCAAGAACGUCACCUCUGACAUUGUAGAUUACAACAAAAAGGUUCUGUCUUUCUUGGGGGAGCAUCUGGCUAAUACUGUGCAUUCUGUUGAGAAUAUCUCUGCUGAGAUCAUCGCUGACCAGAAUCUCUCAAUGUCGAAUUUUGCCAAUAUGGUAGAACAGGCUUGGGGAACUGUGAAAAAUUAUUCAUCCCUUGUAACCGAAACCGUUUUGAACAAAACUUCAGAAUCAACAAAGACCACAGAGAGUCAGCCUGAUGAUGUUUCGGAAACCGAGUCUAGCGAAGACACCCAAAGUGGUUUAGGAGAGACACUUAGAGGAGCAUGGGAAACCGUUCGCAAUUACUCCACAAAUCUGACCUCAAAGCAAAACCUCUCCAUCUCUGGGCUCCGAGAGCAAGUGAAGGCGGCAUGGGGUAAAGUCAAGAAUACCUCGGCUCAAGUAAUGGAAGACAUCUCUGAAUCAAGUCUUGCUGAGAAACUGAAAGAUGGUGCCCAGAAAUUUGGUGAAAAAGUUGGGUCAACAGUUAGGUCAGUUAAGGAAAAGAUUAAAGGGUUACACAACAGAAAACGCUGUGGAAAGAGAAAACACCACUGUCAUUCAGACGGGCAUCGUCACGCUCAAAGAGGGAAGGAAAAAGACCAAAAGAAAUUUAAUAAGCACAACGGUCAUGCAAAAAAGAAAAAAUGGAAAAAACUUCAGUCAGAAAAUAAAAAGGAAGAUCCCAGUGAAGAGCAUAAUAGGCACCGCAAACAUCAAAAGCAUAAAAAAUAUCAUGGACACCAUAAUAAAUCAGGCAAAAGAGGCCAGGCACAUCACAGUGAGCAAUAUUCUUUGCCUUCAAGAAGGCAGCAUCAGCACCAACCACCACUUGAUAAAUCUGACACCACAAAAAGCCAAUCUAGUACUUCUCAACAACCUGAGCGAAUCCUUAAUCAGGAUGCGACCCACCACAAACGAGACUAUCUGCUCAAGCAAGACCAUCAUAGCUUUGUGACAUCAAGUGAUCCAAGAUCCCAGAACCAACAUGCGUCUCACGAAGUUGAGCCUCCUCCCGGGGAAGAGCGAGAGGAUCUUGUACCUGCAAAACAGCAUUUGAAGCCCAGGUAUACAAGAAACCAGCAAAAAUCUGGUGGUCGUGGACAAGAAAUUCCAAAGGAUGAUGAUAUGGCUUUGGGAGAACACUUCAAAGCAUACACUAGCAGUUGUCCACCCAAACCAAGAGGUUUGGAGUCCAAAGCAGAGGAGAGUGCCUCCAUAUCAAACUGGGAGGAACUCUUUGAUUGUGUUGAUAUGCACUGCAAAGGAAAUGAAAAAUGCAUGCUAAGUCAACGCCGUGAUGCAGCCAGGUUGUACUCAGAGCUCCUCGACUACCAGGAAUGGCUGAAGGAACGCAAUCUUAAGAAUGAUGUCCGAGAACUCAGAGAGUUCUUAGAGGAGCUCGGCGAGUUUCUCAGUGAGACAGACUCUGAUGAUGAAGACCUAGAUGAGCUGAAGGAUGAGUUUGGUGAUAUGAUGCAAGAUAUGGAAGAGAGAGCAUUGAAACGACAACGAAAAAAGGACAAAUCACUGAAAUCACAACAUCACAAACCCAAGGAGACUAAUCAAAAUCAUGAUGUACGUGUACAUCAGCAGGAAGAUUCAGCUAGGUUGAGUGAUCCUGAAGAACUCGAAAACUCAACAGUCAUCAUCGACCUCAAAACCCUCCCCCAGCAGCAAGAUCGGAUCUCGAACUCGCAAUCCCAGUCUUCUUCAGGGAACUCCGAGAAGCGGAAGUAUGCAGGGAGGGGUUUCCAUAGUAACAAUGAUGAUGAUGACUGGUACCUUCAACGAGCCAAGACUAGGGCAGAGCAGCGUAGGUCUCAGCACUGGCUGGGUGAUAACGAUCACAGGGACACCCCCAACUGGUAUCUUCACUGGGUACAGGGGCGCAUCAACGGGCGUACAGGGGUGACUGUUUGGGAUAUGUAUGAAUGGAUCAAAGAGAGAUACAUGCUUAGAGAGGAGUUGAGGAGACAUGAUAUGGAAGACCAUACAAAUUGGUUCCUCAGAAGACCCUAAGAACAUUGAACGAAAGCUUUGAUCACUCAUUUAUUUAUUAUUUUAACCUUUUCGAAAUAAUUUGGGUUUCUGUGAAACAUCCGUGCAAGAUUUCGAAGUUGUCUUUGUGAAAUUAUCUGCAGCUCAGCAGAAAUGGGUUUUAAGUAAAGAUCUGCAGUGUGAGCUGUGUUGAAACGAAAUGCCUCCCCAAAAGCCCCUCUGCUGAACUGAACCGAUGGCAUAAUAUGGUUUGAAAUUUAGUGUGCAUUUUUAUUUUUUCAUUUAAACGAAUAUGAACCCAACCAUCAGUGAAGUUUCUCCUGUGUUAAAAAAUUGUAUAUAAAGAUCGAAGUUUGAAGCAUUGAAACCAAGGAUCGGGUCAAAAUCAUGUAGAAUCAUUUGCCUAAACAUAAAGAUACAAGUUCUUGGGGGUUUUUGAAAAUGUUCUUACAAUCCUUACUGAUGGCACAGGGCCAAGUUGAAAUAGAUGAACAUUAGUGGAUUUUUGGGCCUUUAUGUUUUCUUCACCCAACCAAAAUAUACUACUCAUUUCAAUUAAACUGGGUGUAUACUAUAACGCUUGUUUUAUUUUGGUGCUGAGGGUUGUGGUCUCAUUUUUACCUGGCAAUUUUGUUUGAUUAUCUUUGCAAUGAAUAUAUGAAAAAUAUGUCACACAAACUAAUAAUUUUUUUUAUUUUAAAAAAAUAUUAAUAAAGCUUCAUGCAUCUUUGCAUGUCUUUGUGUUUUGUUAUCAGUUUGCUCUUUUGAUCUGAAAGUGAAAUAAGUAGAUUUUGGCUUUGUUUCCGUUUAAGUUCAUUAGAAAAUCAAUGGCACUAUAUUUCACUAUCACCUACAUGUAAACAUAACCACUUGUGUUUCAGAUCUUACAAUCAAUACUGCUAGGAUAUUCAAUUCACAAGGUAGAAACCUUUACAGAGGUUAUCCUGGUGGUGUCUGAAAACGAAAACUGUAGACAGUUGGAAUUUGGUUUGUUUGUUCAAGCUGAACAUGCCUAUGUUUGCGUCAAAUCUGCAUUUUGACAAAACGAAUCUAUCCCAGAUAGCAUCUGUCUCAUCUAGGCAUGAUUAUUUCAUCUCCAAUUGCUAUGUCUUAUGAGGAUAAAAAUUGUAUAAAUUAUUAAAAUAAAUGCACAUCAUGUUGAAUUUUAAAGCCAUGUAAUUUAUAUUUAAAACAGCAAUUCAUAUUUCAAAAAUAUGUUUGAAUUUUAGUUUUGUUGGUUUCCUUCAGGUUAUCAUUCAUGAGAUAUCAAUAAGUAGAUGGCAGACCAUAUUUCAUAAAGUAUAUAUUAUUCUUCUGACAGUUUUUCUUUCAGCAUUUUUUUCUGACUUGCAUUUAGUAGUAGCUGAGAUUUUCGCCCUGCAUUGCCAUCACAGCAGUGCUGUUUUUGCUUAGAAAACAAUGUAGUGAAUAUCACCGUGUGUUUUGUUUAUACUUCUACACAAAUGCUGUAUGUUAUCAUCACAAAUGUUUUGCUGAGCACAUUCAGUAGGCUGAGGUGUAUUUUCUGUUAUGCACGUCGUUAAAAUAUCUGGUGAGUGAAAGAGAAAGUUUGUAUGUAUGCAUGAAAUUAAGUUUAAUCCAGGAAUGUACGUGUAUAUCUGACAUGGACACGUUGUACAAAGUAAUUAACAUAUGUUAUUUGCUUGAGCAUGUAGGGUUGACCUUUCCUUUCUCUUCUGAAGAGAUAUUCUCGACUGUGGCAGCAAGUUUAUUUAUUUUUGACAUGUCAAUUUCUGAAAAUGGUAGUGGAUUGAAGAAAAACUGUAUGAUGAAAGAUUUACAAUUACACAAAUUAGACACGCCAUUCUGGAAACUCCACUGUCACUGUUCCCCCCCACACCUGUUAUGCUGCUUGUAAAUGUUGGCAUAGUCUAAAAUGCUUUGUACAUAAUGCUGUGAGGUUGUUAUGCAGAUAUUUAAGUUAUGGAAUAAAGCAUCCAAGUGAUGUAAUAUUUGGAAAGGUUUGAGGUUGCAAGGUGGUGAGUAGGUACAUGUGAACUAUUGAAGGGCUUGGUUUUAUAUUGAAGGCAUGAUACAGUGACAUAGUGGUUGGAUGACGUUGGUGUUGACAUGAUGGGUGCAAUGGAAAUGUUAAUAUUGUAUUUAAUUAUAAAGGCAAAUUUGCCCUUUUCCGCUUGCUUAUUUUGUUUCACAUCAAGAUCAAACAGUGUAAUGUGAGUAUGAUUUUUCUGGGUCCAAAAUGCAUAGUUUUUGCAAAGCCGUAGUUGCACCUGUAGUUUUUGUACCUGCCUAUGUGCCCCAGCUUACAUAUAGUGCCACAUUCUCCAUUCCCUGCUUCUGAUCUUAAAAGAGUUUUAUUGUAGAGUGUGCAGGAGCUCAAGCACAGUGCAUUUCUUCGGUGAGUUGCAUUUUUGGAAAGAAACAAAAAAGGUGUCUCGUGGAUGUGCAUGUUGUGUUUGGAAGUGUGCCCUGCAUUUCUCCCGGAAACUGCUAGACUUUGAGAGAUACAUUACGUAAUGGGGAGUUGGAUUGGGCAUUGGAACUCGGAGAUUGGGAUGAAUGCAAGAUAUGGUUGAAUGAACAAACACUCAUCAAACAGCAUCAGCUGUUAUCAUGAUCUUGGGUGCCACAGUAAUCCCUACCUUCACAGAGUCUACACACAACUCACAAAGGAGAUGGUGUUACUGCAAAUUGAACUUAAUUUAUCAUUAAAUUAUCAUGUUUGGAUAUUACACAUUAACAGAAUUGAUUUCACAGGUGGAAAACAGAGACAAAUAUUUGAAGAAAAAUCUUCAUUCACUGCAGUUGGUUAAUUGAAACUGCACAAAGUGUCAUCUCUAUUCAAGUAGUAAAUCACGUGGAAAAUACGUUGUUCCACUCCACUGGCUAUCUACUUCUAGCAGCUUGAGCAUGUUAGGCGGUUGCCAGCCUGAGGGUCAAUUCGGAUGUUCAUACUAUCAUGUAUUUUCGAUCUGUACAUUCAGUUAUGCUGUUGCUAGCAGUCUUCUAGUUAUGAAUUGAAAGUAUUCUCUCAAAAUAUAUUUUUGAGGGUUGAAACUACUCGAAUGAAUUAAUGACUAGCUUGUAUUUUUAAAGUAAACUCAAAUGUCAGCUUUCUCAUGGAGUGGAAAAAUCUUACAGCAGAAAUUGGCAAACCUGAUGUGCCUUUCUCGAACAUUUGUCUCUGUUAAGUUUCAGUGUACAAAGGCAGUAAAAUGGAACAAACUGUCCGUCUUCAAAAUAUUGUGGUUGUUAUCUCCUUGCAAAUACAUGCAAUAGAAAACACCGCUUGCCAGCUAUGAAAAAUUCAGUAAUGUUUAAGUCGUAUUUGGCAAUUUAGCUGUAAAUUUCACGGUUACUUUUCCUCUGUCAUAUGAUUUGUAAAGUUGCUAUUUUGCUGGUCACAUAUUUACGAAAAAAAUUGUUUGAGGUUGCAUGCAGUCACAGAUAAUAAAAGACGAAACUCAGCCAG